AUGAACGAUAAUGUGGAAAACCCUUUACGACGACUUAGGUCUCUAAACCAUGUCUCAUUUGUUUGUAGAUCACUUGAGAAGUCCCUCAAUUUCUACCAAAAUGUUCUUGGUUUUGUUCGUAUAAAGAGACCUGGUUCUUUUGACUUCACUGGGCAUGCGUGGCUGGAUGGUCAUGGAAUUGGGAUUCAUUUGUUGCAGUCGGAUCGUCCAGACAACAUACCUAGGAAAAAAGAGAUUAAUCCGAAGGAUAAUCAUAUCUCUUUCCACUGUGAGUGCAUGGUGUCAAUGGAGAAGAAACUGAAUGAACUGGGGAUUAAGUACGUGCGAGCAGUGGUGCAAGAAGGAGGGAUUGAAGUGCACCAGUUGUUCUUCCAUGAUCCAGAUGGGCUCAUGAUUGAAAUGUGUGAUUGUAAUAAUCUUCCUGUGGUUCCUCUGGUUGGAGACACAGCUCAAUCAUGCUCACGAUCGAACCGCCACAUGAUGGAGCAGCCGCAGCAAGGAGUAGCUCGGUGA